AUGUCCUGCCUUCAAAAAAAUAGCAAAGGUAAUUAUAUCAUUGAGUCAACCUCAAAUAAUGAAUUGAACUUAAAAUUGCAUCAUGAAGAUAUUAUUGAUUCAUUAAAUGAUGCAGCGCAUUUGAAGAGCAAAAAUCAAAGAUUAUCUUUACAAAAGAAAUUAGAAUAUGCUAUUGCCGACUAUGCAGAAAAAAAUAAUUUGGAAUUUGUCGAUGAUUGCAAAAGUUUCCCACUUGAAGAUGAUGACUUAAGAAUCAUACUAAAUUAUGUUUAUUUGGUUGGCCCAUUUAGAGGCUAUGAGCAAAGAUCAGUAGAAACCCGUGGCUUGCGCAUAGUCGACUUACCAUCAUUGCUUUCUUUAAAAUGGUUAUGCGUCUACUAUAGUUCUAUUGUAGAAAUGUGUUUAAAAAACACGGUUGUUAAAUUUUCUAUUAUGAAGAUUAAAAACAAAUGGGAUACUUUAAGAAGAUGUCAUAAAAGAAGACUUUUAAAAUUUAUGAAAAUACAUGAAAAAAAUGAUCCAUUAGAUGAAGAUGUUUUUAAUGUUACCGUUUGGACUGAUGUCAAUGAUGCCUUUAGAAGAGUAAUGAAAUUAAAAGACCAGUGUGACGAAGUGGAUUUUAUAAAGGAAGAGGAAAUGGAUGAACAUGGUGAAGAGGAACAGAUUUCAGCAAGUGAUUCUUUUAUUGGACAUGAAAAAUGUGUUGGAAACAAUAAUAGUGAUAAGAAUAACCAUGAAAACGAUGCACGUUUUAAUACUAUUGAAUUUACUUUACCCGAUGAUUCUGAAGAGGAAGAGGAAGAAGGAGAAGAAGGAGAAGAAGAAGAAGAAGAAAAGGAAGAAAAAAAUAGUGGAAAAACCAAGGAAUCACAACUUUCAGAAAGAAAAAAUAUCAAUAAAGAACAGCAACAAGAUGAAAAUACUGCUCUCAAACUAGAAAGUUUCAAUGCAGAACCUAGUAAUAUAGACCAACAGAAUGCCGUUAUAAAGAUUACAAAAAAGAAUGCUCUUAUUCCGGCGGAUGAACUAUCUGAAUCAGUCUUAAUGAAUAAAGAUACGAGACCUGGUAUUAAUAAUAAUAAUAAUAAUAUCACUAAAAGAUCAACGCGUAAAUUAGUUCCAAUAAGUACGAAACUUGAAGAUAAAGUGACAAAAAUUACUGAAUCUACCUCUAUUACUCCUAAUACCAAUAGUAACAAUAAUAACAACAAGGAUUCUUAUUAUAAAAAUGUUUCAAAAAGACGAUCAAAUGCAUUAGAAUCUCUAGAUUAUGAUAUUUUAUAUUUAGAACGCAAAGUGAAAAUUGCUCAAUUACAAAUUUCACUUGCAGAACUAGAAAAUAAAAAGCAAAAAUUAGGUAUAGAAUGA